GCUGUAUUGGAACUCACGAGUUUAUGCUACUCAUAACCACGCCUGUUGCAAAGCAGUAUAAACACCUAAAGGCGAAACAACUCUCCAAAUGUAUCGAGGAAGACACGGGCUGGUUCAGCGCGCAUUUACGCGUCGGGGUGUCCAAAGGGUCAUUUCAGCUCAGGAGCUUUUGUUGGCAGCAGCCUGGUCCGUGAUAUUGCGCUUAUUCUAGGAUGUGUAGCUGGGGGGGAUUUUAGGAGAUGCUCUCACCAGGGUUAAACUGUUUUGCUCUAUUAAUGUAACAUUAUUUAUUUGUAAAUUUGACGACAGGUCUCUGAUUGUGGGAAAAAGACGUUUUAGUAGUGAAAUCAAUCAUGGAGCCAUCUGUACAUAUUGAUCGGUCUUUAUCAGUCUGUAGGCGCUUAUGUUUUGCAGUGGGGCAUUUUGUAAACGACCUGUCCGCCUCCAUGUGGUUCACGUACCUGCUGGUCUACCUCCACUCCGUGCUCGGCUUCCAGAGCACCUAUGCAGGUGUGAUGCUGCUGAUGGGACAAAUAGCGGACGGAGUGUGCACACCUCUGAUGGGAUAUGAAUCCGACAGAACAGCAGGUGUGCGGUGGCUUGGCAAGAGAAAGACGUGGCAUCUGUUAGGAACCAUUUGUGUUCUUGUGUCCUUCCCCUUCAUUUUCAACCCCUGCCUGCCCUGCACCAGCAACACUCCCCAGUGGGCUCAGAUCAUUUACUUCUCCCCAUUCAUCAUCAUCUUCCAGUUUGGCUGGGCAGCCGCUCAGAUCUCACACCUGUCUCUCAUCCCGGAGCUGGUGUCCAGUGAGAGCGCCAAGGUAGAACUCACAGCGUACAGGUACGCGUUCUCUGUGGUGGCCAACGUUACAGUGUAUGCUGUGGCCUGGCUGCUCUUUCACUUCCAGGGUCAGCACAGCGUUGACCCCUCCAUCACAGACAACCUGGGUCCAGUGGAUGUCCCUCUGUUCAGGAUGCUGGCCCUCAUUAUUCUGGGUAUUGGGGCUUUAUUCUGUCUGGUGUUUCACGUUGGCACCAAAGAGCAUGCAUCAGCAUCAGAGAAUGAGAAUCGGCCGAUCGCUCUUUCCCCAUCACAGCAAACUUUGCCUCAUCCUGUAUUUCACUGGAAACAGUGGCUGAAGGAGCCCUGCUUCUACCAGGUGACUUCUGUGUACAUGUGCACCAGGCUAAUUGUCAACUUGUCUCAGACUUAUAUCUCAGUUUACCUCACCAACUCACUGAUGUUGCCAAAGAACUUCAUUGCCAUCAUACCUCUGGUGAUUUCUGUCAGCAGCUUUGUGUGCUCUUUGGUCAUGAAACCAGUCAGCAAGUGCAUAGGCAUCAAUAUUACCUAUUUGGUUGGCCUGCUGUUGGUGCUUAGCUUUGCCAUCUGGGCAUAUCUGGACAAGAACAUGGGAGGUCAGCGCAUCUAUGGAGCGGUUGUGCUGCUAGGAGCUGGUUCAGCUACAAUCCUGGUCAUGUCUCUGUCCAUGACAGCCAAGCUCAUCGGGGAGCAGACGCAAAGUGGAGCCUUUGUUUAUGGAUCAAUGAGCCUCACAGACAAAGUGUCUAAUGGUGUGGGGGUGAUCAUCAUCCAGAGCAUCCAACCAUGCAAGACAGACUCGUACUGCCCAGACUGUGUUUGGUUCUAUCGUGACGUCAUGGUGAUGGUAACUGGGGGUGUUGCUGUGGCUGCAGCACUUUGCCUGCUCACACUUCUCAUCUGGCCAAUCAGGAGACAACUAAAUUAGGGUUCCCGAUCCAUGUUGCACUCAUUGGUUGUUCUUUCAUACCUGUGCACAGACAGAAAACAAUUAUUCAUAUCAGGGAUUUAGAAAUGUAUUACAUACAUGAUGUUAGAGGUAGGAAUAUUUUAGAUUAUGUGAAUACAUUGACUGUUUUAAAAACCACUAUCGAAACAUCAAGCUGCUUGCCAAGCCCAGAUGUAUUUAGGCUCUACAAGGCUCAGAAAUAACUGAAAAUCUGAUUGGUUAGAGAGGUCAAUACUGCUCAAAACCUUUUAGAAGCUAAU